GAGUAAGUCAUGACCAGUCCAUCAGUUCUCAGUUUGCCAGCUCUCGAGUGAUACAUUGAGAAAAAGUUCAGUGAUUGAAAUGGAGUGUUCAAGAAAUAUAACAAAUUUGCCGGUUGAAAUUCUCGAUCUUCUAUUUAAAUAUUGUGGAGAUAUGACGAACAAACUCCACUUGGCCCAAACCCAUCCGUAUUUGGUAGAAGCCUUUGCCUAUCAUUGUCGGAAUUUGUUCGAAUGCAUCUCAAACGAUAAAGAAAUAAGUUUGAGCUCUUGGCGGUUUAUUUUGCCAGUCUGUGGAUCAAAUAUAAAAACAAUUCACAAAAAUAUUCGAGAUAGUUCUGAUGAGGAGCUUGUCAACUUGGUUGCACUACACUGCUCAAAAUUGGAAAAAAUUAAGCUCAGCUUCGAAACGGACAGUGUGGAUUGUGUGAAAUCUUUAAUAUGCCAGAGACAGAAUUCUCUAAAGGCUAUUAGGCUUAUACUGAUGUUAAGAUCAGAAUCUCGAGAAUUGAAUACUAAGAUGCUUCAUGAAUUUCCAGAAUUGCCCUUGCUGGAAGAGCUUAAAAUUACCAACAUUCCCAUUGAGAACUAUGAUCACAUACAGAAAUUUAAAAAUUUGGUAAAACUUGAAAUUGGAUGCUGGGGUUUAACGAAACAUGUUAUUGAUGUUUUUGCACUCUGUGCACCUCUAAAGAAACUGCAGAUUCUGUUCUUGAGGGGCGUGAGAAUUAUUGCCUCUGAACAAACUAAAAUCCACCUGCCAGUAUUACAAUUGAAGAAGCUAAGCAUUACGUGUGAGCAACAUAACAGUCACGCUGAAGUUCAACGAUUCAUUUUGAGCCAAGGAAAGAGCCUGGAAAGCUUACGCUACGAUUGUGAACUAGUAUCAUAUAGUAAUGAAGAUUUUCUAGAGGUUAUUCGAAUAUGCCGAAGCUUGAGAAUCUGUAUGCUGCCAGUGCAAGACUUCAUCUUCGACCUUGAGUGUGUUGAGGAAAUCCUUGUUAUCCUGAGGCAAAACGGGGUCACAGAGGAUAAUCCUUUCCUACUUGUGCCAUUAGAUUUAUUCGACAGAUAUGAAGAAGUAGUAGAAUUGCUCAAAUGUUCAUCGAGUCCCGAGUUAAUAAUACCCUGUAUACUUUCUUUACUGGACAACUAGUUAAACAAAGACAUUCCUUAAGAUGAAUUAUUAUUUCUUGUUGCUUAACUAUUGUCAAAGAAUAAUAUAAUCAAAAUAUGUAAUAUUUUAAAUAUUGUUUAAUAACCUAAAAACAAAU